UCUUCCUGUGUGCCCUGUUCAGUGCUCUGGCGCUCCCCCCUCACUCUGGGCGGGCGGUGGGAGGAGGAGGAAGCUGUCCGAGCAACUCCAGACCUGAGCAUUGAACCUCUGUUAUUAUCCCACAAGCAGCGGCAGCAAGGAACUCGCCUUGUGUCCAAACUGAACCACGGCACCUACCCACUCCCUGCCGUGCCUGGCUGAGCUUCCCACUGCAUGAGUCCAUGGAUUACAUGACAGUGUCUGAAUGCACCCAGCUCUCUCUUGCUGUUUGUAGAAUUGCCAUUUAUACGUGUUUUCGAGCCCUCUGUUGUAAAGGACCUCCACCACCAAGACCUGAAUAUGACAUUGUUUGUAUAGGGCUGACUGGAUCCGGGAAGACAACCCUUUUAUCACAGCUUUGUAGUGAAAGUCAGGAUCAUAUUGUGCCUACUACAGGUUUUAGCAUAAAAGUGGUUCCUUUCCCGAGUGCCAUCUUGAAUGUUAAAGAACUUGGAGGAGCUGCCAACAUCAGGAAAUACUGGAGUCGAUAUUACCAGGGAUCACAAGGGGUCAUUUUUGUUCUCGACAGUGCUUCAUCUGAAGAGGACCUAGAAACUGCCAGAAAUGAACUGCAUUCUGCUCUACAACAUCCACAAUUAUGCACUUUGCCGUUUUUAGUACUGGCCAAUCAUCAAGACAAGCCUGCGGCUCGUUCAUUACAAGAGAUCAAAAAGUAUUUAGAACUCGAACCACUCGCACGGGGAAAACGCUGGAUUCUGCAACCGACAUCCUUGGAGGACAUGGAAUCUGUAAAAGACAGCUUCACAAUGCUCAUAAAUUUAUUAGACGAUAGAGAACUCGAACCUGUUCAAAUCUGAAAAAUCCUGGAAAGCGUUGUCCGCAAGCAUCACACUCCUCCUGGCAGCUGCUUAUAAUCCUAAUGGAACUGUGCAGGGGCAAAAUCGGUUUUAGGGUGAAGUGUAAGCACUGCUGCCUGGAUCAGCAGGAAAGGGGGAAAUCCUACUUUUAUUUUGCAUUCUUGCACAAUCUUUCUAUUGCAUUGAAACUAUACUUUUAUCAAAUACAACAAGCCACCAUAACAGUUACAGUUCUGAAUAUCAUACUGGAUGCUUGCCCCCUACUUAUUGUAGGCCAAAAAGUCACAUCAGAUGCCUGAUACAGUGACUUGUUUAUUUUCUAAAUCUGCUGUGCAAAGAGCCUUUUUUCAUAUUGUAAAUCAGCUAGACAGGUUUUCUCUUGAUUGCUAUAAUGAAAUUGCAGUAAGAUUUAAAUUAUGUUGCCAAUUAAUUGCAAUUCUAUUCUACAGCUUUAUCCUCUUUCUUAAACGAUCACUUAACCCUUUUGAGUGCCAAAUGGUCUUGGAACACAUUCUCAAUGUAUUACAUGUCCAUUAUGGUAAUCAAAGGCAGAAAUAUUUUUGGAGGGUGGUGGGAAUGGUGGAUCACUUAGUAAUAUAGUUUUAAUAGGUUAAAGCUUCCAAAUAUAGAAUAUGGACGUAUUGUUUAGGAAUUAGAACAGGACACUAAUUUGAUAAUUACAUCCUACAAAUGACAUUUGAUUAAUCAAACAGGUGCUUUUGUAAAAGGGGUUAAAUGUGCGUAUAAGUGUGUAUGUGCGCGCGCGUGUUUAAUGUAUAUAUGUAGAAGUGUGUAUAAAUAUAGAAACAUAUAGCCAUUUAGACUAAGGGAACAGAAGGACAAUGGUGCAUGAUGCACUUCAUCAACUGUGGCCAAAUAAAUACUACUGAAUGUCUUUCAUUUACCACUAGCUAAGUGAUCAUAGUAUUUUUAAAACAAGU